AUGGUCGAGGGAGACGUAGCAGCAACAGAAGAUGCUUUCGCCAAACUCGUCUUAGCUCUCUACGGCAUAAUCUGCGUGGUUGGUAUCACUGGUAACUUACUGGUUGCCAUCGUACUCCUCCGUGUGCCGUCGCUUCGGUCUAACACCAGUGAUUUCUUAUUGCAUCUUGCAAUCGCAGAUUCCCUAGUCAGUCUUCUGGUCAUUCCUUAUUUUAUGGUUCAAAGGUCAACCUCUGCGAACCCCGGAAUCUUCGGUGAAUUUUUGUGCCGUUUUUACACCUCUCAGUUCGUAUUCUGGUGUCUCGCCACGGUUUCUGUAAUGAGUUUGAUCGCCGUCAAUGUGGAGCGUUACGUAGCCAUCGUUAGCCCCCAUAAGUACAAGACAGUGUUUACUAAACAGAAUAAAUACAUCAUGAUUCUUGCCAUUUGGAUUCUGGCCGUGUUAACCGAAUCCACUGUUUUCAUUUUUAAUGGAAUUGAUGAUAACGAAUGUAUUUUCAUAGGCUGGCCAAGUAGAGUAGCUCAACUUGGAUUCGGCCUGUAUGGUUUCGCACUCAAGUUCCUUGGUCCUUUGACCGUGAUGGUGUAUGCGCAAGAAAAAUGCAUCUCUACUCUGAACAGACAAGUCAAGACACUUACGAGUCGAUCUGCCGCUAUCGCUAAUCCACGUGAUCAGCGUGAAAUGUGGCAACUCCGUGCGUCUCAAACCCUUGUGAAAACCCUCCUGGCAUGCGUCAUUACAUUUGCUGUGUGCUGGGCGCCAAACCAAAUCUGGUUCCUGCUUUUCAACGUUGACGUCCCACUGACGCCAGGAGGUCCUUUCCACCACAUCACUAUCAUCCUAGCCGUGGGUAAUUCCUGUGUGAAUCCAGUCAUCUACACCAUGACGAACAAGCCGUUCCGUAAAGGAAUAAUGGAAGCCUUCUGUAAGCAGCGGGAUUCGAACCAGGUGGGAGACAUUGGAGUCCCCACGGGGACUGCAUCUACUGAGACCAUUUGA